AUGAAAUGUUGUCUUCUUAGACGACGCUCGUCUGGUCUGAUUUGUGGAGCUAGGCCAGUCAGACAUCAAGGAAAUUUUUGGUGUUGGCUUCCUUAUGAUGCGAAUGCAAUUAAAGAAAAAGUUGAUGAUGACUUUGAUAACAAUGUACCACAGCAAAACAAUAUUGAUGAUGAGAUUGCUGAUGUGGACGAUAGUGGUGAUGAAGCAAACAAGGAUCUCAAUAUUACAGAAGCCCUUAGAGCCCAGAAAAAUGCAGAUGAGAAGAAUGAGCAGAUUUUCAGUUACAGUAGCAGCAGUGGAAGUUGA